UUAAGCAUGCAAACACCUAUACAGCAAAGUCAACCAUAUGUUUCUACUGCAGAAGGUAACCAAGCCGUUUAUCAAGCUUUUCCAGCUUAUCAACUUAGCCAGUGCCAAAUGGCGAGUUCUUCAAGGACUCCAGAAUCUAGCAUGCCCAUGUAUUCACCUUCACCGUCGCAAUUUGUAAACCAGCAGAGGAUCCCACCUAUGCCUCCCUAUUCUCAUCUCCCCUCACAAGACGGAUUUAAUGGAAGCACUUCAUUCACUGAAUUAGGUCAUCAGUUUGAAACCAUGUCUCUUGAAGCGAACAAACGGCUAGCCAUUCAGGGCUCCCAUUACUCUCAGCCAACCUACACUGUCAAUAAAAAUUUUCCUCAUAAUGACCUAGAUUAUUUAACUCCACAAGUAGCACCGUCAGACCAAUAUUCUGCGACUGGUUUCACAGGCCAGGACACAAAUCUUAGUCAGCCGAAUUAUCCUCCUAGACAAGUGUAUCCUACUAUUCCACCAUUUGUCCAAUCAAUUCAGAACGCCAGUAAUCCAUCCUAUCCUAGUCCACAUCUUCCUGCGCAGCCUCCUGGUCUACCUAGUGCCAAUCGCCGGCUUAAUGCUGAUCAUAUGCCCAGUGCUAUCGAAGUAUAUUACAUUAUUUUGUAG